UUCAUUCAGUGUCUCUCACACACUGACUCACAGAGACCGUCGUUUCUUUCUCUCCAUCCUGAAUACGCUCAAUGCUCCACUAUUCUUUUGAGUUCGAUAUUACCAUCGAUCCUUUCCAAGAUUUCGUUUACUUGCAUGUAAUUUCUAUUUAUUGUGAUUUCUAUUUGAGGUGUUUGUAUAAAUGCAUAUACUGGAGGAAUAAAUUUGGGCGUUUUGUGUAUUUGAUGUGCGAGAGAAAAAGCGUAUAGAUCGGAUAUGGAGGAAGUUUCCGGCGAGGGAAGUGUUAGCUUGACGCAGGAGCUGAGUUCCGGCGAGUCAAACGACAAUGAGCGGUCUAGUGAGACUCAGCGGAUGACCCCCUUGACGAUGUCCGCGUCAUUCAAGGAGGGAGGCAAGAGCUCGUCGCGGCGGAGGGCGGCCGUCCGACCGAGUUUAGAUGCAGACGAGUUCUUAAAUCUGCUCCACGGGUCGGAUCCUGUGAAGUUGGAGCUCAAUCGCCUCGAAAAUGAAGUCAGAGAUAAGGAUAGGGAAUUAGGGGAAGCGCAAUCUCAGAUCAAAGCUUUGAAGUUGUCGGAGCGUCUUCGUGAAAAAGCUGUUGAAGAGCUCACUGAAGAAUUGUCGAAGGUGGAGGAGAAGCUCAAGUUAACUGAAUCUCUUUUAGAAAGCAAGAAUCUUGAAAUCAAGCGAAUCAACGAUGAGAAGAAGGCCUCCAUGGCAGCUCAGUUUGCAGCAGAAGCCACUCUUCGAAGAGUUCAUGCUGCUCAAAAGGAUGAUGACAUGCCUCCAAUUGAAGCCAUACUGGCUCCCUUGGAGGCUGAGCUCAAGCUUGCUCGACAGGAGAUUGCUAAGCUUCAGGAUGAUAACAAGGCAUUAGACCGGCUCACUAAAUCAAAAGAGGCUGCUUUACUCGAAGCAGAGAGAACUGUGGAGGUGUCAUUGGCAAAGGCUUCUAUGGUGGAUGAUCUCCAAAACAAGAACCAAGAGUUGAUGAAACAGAUAGAAAUUUGCCAGGAAGAGAAUAAGAUUUUGGAUAAAAUGCAUCGACACAAGGUUGCUGAGGUUGAAAAGCUAACCCAAACUGUACGAGAGCUUGAAGAGGCCGUGCUUGCUGGUGGUGCAGCAGCUAAUGCUGUACGGGACUACCAGCGGAAAGUUCAGGAGAUGAAUGAGGAGAGAAAAACUCUUGAUAGGGAGUUGGCUCGUGCAAAAGUAACAGCAAAUAGGGUGGCAACUGUGGUAGCUAAUGAAUGGAAAGAUGCUAAUGACAAAGUGAUGCCUGUGAAACAGUGGCUUGAAGAAAGAAGGUUUUUGCAGGGAGAGAUGCAGCAACUACGGGACAAGCUUGCUAUAGCUGAGCGAGCUGCAAAAUCUGAAGCGCAGUUGAAAGACAAAUAUCAAUUGCGGAUGAAAGUUCUUGAAGAAACUUUAAGAUCACCGAACACUGCCAUUCGCAACACGCCGGAUGGAAGAAAUUCAAGCAAUGGUUCUUCACGUCGCCAAUCAUUGGGUGGAGCUGAACACAUAUCUAAAUUGACUUCCAAUGGCUUUUUACCCAAGAGAUCUCCAUCCUUUCAGCUGAGAUCUUCUGGGAGCAAUACAGUGUUGAAGCAUGCAAAAAGUACAUCAAAGUCUUUUGAUGGUGGCUCACGAUCUUUGGACAGGGGUAAAGUUCUCUUAAAUGCAAUAGGACCUAAUUUCAAGCAAAGUCAAUCAUGUGAUGGAGCUAAGGAUACUGAGACCCACACCAACACUUGGAAAGGAAAUCAAGAUGAAAAACCCAAUGAUCUGCAAGUAACAGAUACAGAGGAUACUGUGCCAGGGCUAUUAUAUGAUCUGUUACAGAAAGAGGUGAUUGCCUUGAGGAAAGCUGGUCAUGAAAAGGAUCAGAGCCUGAAAGACAAGGAUGACGCAAUUGAGAUGCUAGCAAAGAAGGUAGAGACUUUAACUAAGGCUAUGGAGAUUGAGGCUAAAAAAAUGAGAAGGGAGGUAGCUGCUAUGGAGAAGGAGGUGGCUGCCAUGCGUGUGGAGAAAGAACACGAAAGUAAGGCCAAACGUCUUGGCAAUUCUAAAAGUUCAGUAAACAGUUCUCAGGGGCUCCCUGCAAGGACUUUAUCAAGAAGUGGAUCAGCGCGUAAUGCGCAAUAACAAAUAGCCCGACUGCAAUAGCCAGGAGCUGUUCUCCAUAGACCUUGUAUUGGGUUCUUAGUUCAUCUGGUUCUCGAAAAUUUAUCUUUUUUAUGAUUGAUGUAAAACUGUAAAAAGCAUGCCAAUGGGUGUUCAUCUGGGAAAAAAGUAAAAUGUCGACAAAGCUGAAAGCCAUCGGUAUAACUUGGUAUGCUCCUGACAUAGAAUGUUUGCCCGCUGAUUAGAAAUCAAGAAACUGAGGAUGUGCAAGUUUAACUAACUGUUUGGCAGAUUUAUUUCUAGUGGAAGUUGUAAUGUUGUAUAGGUAUGUUGUUGGCAUUUCCAGUGCCCGACUUUUUUCUUUCAUAUUUGCAGUCUAUAUUUUGUAAUCUGCAGCUAGCGUGUGUCAUCCUACGGGUUUGUUGAUAUUUUUAUAUCAGAUAAAACAUCAGAUAUUCUUCUCU